CAAGAAAGCCGGAGGACAUGUCCUGAAGUCCUGUGGCGGUUUGCGGAUUAUCGAACUGACAAAGAGACUCUAAGGCAUUCCAAGAAGGAGGUAAAAACCAAUUUCCCAGGAUUUUCAAAAUGAGGUCCUAUGAUGGCGAAAGUAGCUCAGCAGAGGAAGACGAGAGGCGUGAAGGGCUUCCGGAAGUUCAUUUACAACAAGGGCCUUGGCAACGCUCAGCUUCACAUCCAACAUGGGCAUGGGAGCAUCGAGGGGCUCAUCAGUUGCCUGGCCAGUCCUCGACACCUUUAGAAUCAAUGGGAUAUCCAGCACCAGGUGCAUCUCAUCCUGGAGUUCCAGGACCACCUGCGGGUUAUUCCUCGGAGCAUCCCCAGAGUGCUCCAGGAAGAAGAACACCUCUCGGUGCCGUUGGCCUCGGCGGUUUUUAUUUUCAGCAACAACCUCAGCCUCAUACUUCCUCGAGUUCUCUAUCCGAUGAAAAUCGGCCCGACCACGAAAGACCAGGAGCAUCGAGAUUAAAUUGUCCCCCAAAGUCGAAGACGACUCGCCAAGGUAAAAGUGUUAGGCUCAACAUUAAUGCCAGAGAACGCAGAAGAAUGCACGACUUGAAUGAUGCCCUCGAUGAGCUUCGUUCUGUCAUCCCAUAUGCUCACAGUCCGUCCGUGAGGAAACUCUCCAAAAUCGCCACACUUUUAUUGGCUAAAAACUACAUUCUCAUGCAAGGAAACGCUUUGGAGGAAUUGAGAAGAGUCAUAGCUGUUCUACAAUCGCCGCAUGCCCACACAGCCGCAUUGCCCCCAACUCCUGUAUCCUAUGAUCUUCUUCAAGGAUUUCCUGGAAAACUGUUCCAGGGAGUUCAAGAAAUGCAAGGUCUUCCAACUGGAGGAAACCCUCAACCUAUCACCCCUGGAGUUGCUCCUGGCGACGUUGCUGUUGCCGGUGGAGAAUCCACCUAA